AGGAUUCAGCUAACUUCCCAAAAGAGAACUACAUCCAUAUCGGGUCGAUGACACCCUCGCACAAGCAUCAAGCGGUCUCCUGCGGAACUGACCAAUCACGCAUAGGAUUGCCCGAUUUCUCGCCCGCGAGGCUGUCAGACGGCACCAAUGUUUGCCCGACGACCUCUUCAGGUAACAGAGAUGUCGUUGUGUCGCACACAGACUUGUUAUGCCUCCGUAUGUGGAAGACUUGAACUUCAGCUCAGGCCCCCGAGAGCGGAAUUGACAACCAGAGUCCUUGUCGUCUCUUCCGCCCCUUAGGGCCGGAGAUCGAAUAUAAAGUUGUGGUAAAUGUGCUGGAGCAGAAACAGCCAUACUCACAAUCAUUAACACCAACAACGAUACCAACUCCACAAAAGCCAUCUGGGUCUAAAACAUGUCUCAGUCACCUUUCCCAGCUUUGCCUGUCUGCCAGGUCACCCUUCCGUCCAAUCCACUCAUCAACGCUGCCCUGGCAUACGCAAGGGAGCAUACCAGUGAAUGCACCGUUAACCACUGCCUGCGCGCCGCCGCGUUUGCCCUGCUUCUCGCGCGUAAGCUCCCACCGUUAGCAGCUGCAAACCUCGACCUCGAGGCUGUUGUGCUGGCCAGCAUCCUACAUGACAUGGGCUGGGCAACGACCAAAUCACUCCUGUCCAACGACAAACGUUUCGAAGUCGACGGAGCCAACAUCGCGCGGGACUUUAUCAAGUCUUCAACCGCAUCCCGGGCUGAUGGCUGGGACAAGCACCGCCUUCAGCUCCUGUGGGAUGCCAUCGCUCUGCACACCACGCCCUCGAUCGCUCACCACAAGGAGCCCGAGGUCUUUGCGACGCAGCUGGGUAUUACGGCCGAUUUUCUUGGGCCAAACAUUCCCAUUCCGGGCAACCCGAUCACCGUGGAAGAAUACAAGGAGAUCGUCAAGGCUUUCCCCCGCCUUGGCUUCAGCGACCAGGUGGUCGAGAUUCUCUGUAGUUUUUGUCGGGACAAGCAGGAGACCACAUUCGAUAACUUUGUGUCGGACUUCGGAAAGACCUACGGGCUCGACGGGAAAGGUACAGGAAAGGAGGAGUGGACCAAAUUGUGCGAGGAGAAAAGUAUCAGCAGGGCCAUGAUGCGUGCUUUGGAGGGUUGCAAGCAGUGGGAUGAUUGAAGCUUGCCUGAACUUGCUGCAGGCUCCGACUAACCCAUUACACGUCUCACAAUGUAGUGUUUGUUGCGAGUGAUGAGCGAACAUGUAGACCUCUUCUGGGUGCUCG